AGCAGUUGCAGCUGCACCGUUGCACACGUUUUGUCGCUGUCAAAACUCGAGUUGAUUCUCAUCUUCUUUUCUGUAUUGCAAAGAGUGCUCUCGUUGCAGUUGCCAUUUGAAGCAGCAGAUUUUUCCUGUUCACUAUUAUUGUGUCCCAGGGCUUGAGAGAUUUUUUUUUAAUUAUUCUAACGCUACAACUCACCUGACAACAAAUUGGUUGUUCUCGGGUUCACACUCCUGCAAACGGACUAACCGAACGUGGUGGGAGAACGGAGGAGAUAACAAAGAUUGUUUUGUGGAAAGUACCUAAUACAAAUAGUCACGGUGUUGUCCAAGCAUUGGAACAUGUUUACGACCAUACUUUUCAUGCUACUGGUUGGGAUGAUCAGUUGUGACGUACCUAGACGAGAUGCUGAAUAUCCACCCCCGGAGUUUUUAGAGAAAAUGAAACCCAUGCACGAUGAAUGUGUUGCCGAAACAGGUGCUUCCGAAGAGGCCAUCAAGCGGUUCAGUGAUCAGGAAGUGCACGAAGAUGACAAUCUGAAAUGCUACAUGAACUGCCUAUUCCAUAAAGCCGGGGUAGUUGAUGACAAAGGCGAAUUUCACUAUGUGAAAAUUCAGGACUUUUUGCCCGAGUCGAUGCACCUGAUCACGCUCAAUUGGUUCAAACGAUGUCUCUAUCCGCAGGGGGAGAAUUUAUGUCAGAAGGCUUUCUGGCUCAACAAGUGCUGGAAGGAACGCGAUCCAGUUCAUUACUUUUUGCCUUAGAUCGUUCGAACCAGGUGAAAAAUUUACAUUCGUUUUGAUUGUGAAUAAACUUUUUUGUUUUAACUACUGUU